AUGCAAGAACUCAAGAUCCAGAGGAAGGAUUUGCGUGACGACAUGGUGAUACUUGAUGGCUGGGACUGUUACUCAGGUGUAGGUAUCUAUACUCGCAAUGCCACUUGCUCCCCCAUCCGAGCUGAAGAAGGAAUCCUCGGAGUCUUGACGCCACCAAACUCAACAACGCAGUUCCGCAGCCUGCCAGAGUCUCAGCAGAUCGGAGGAUAUCUCUCCGAGAUGGAGCUUGCAGAACUCGGUGUGGAUCCUCUUCUUCUGGACGCCGAAGGCCGCUGUGUGUGUCUCGAAUUUCCNGCCUUCGUCCUCUUUGGUGUCUACAGUCCUGCCAACUCGAAUGGUCUUCGGGAUGACUUCCGUUAUGCCUUUCUCAGUGCUCUGGACUGCCGUAUACGCAAGCUCAACCAGAUGGGCAAGCGGGUUGUCUUGGUUGGUGAUCUCAAUGUUUCUCGAGGUCUGAUCGAUACAGCCUCGUCUGCUGAGGAUAUCAAGAAGGCCGGCUUGACGAGCGAGGAAUACGUCAGUACCCCCAAUCGCCGCAUCUUCAACCAGCUCAUCAUCAACGGCGAAGUCUAUGGCGACAGAGAUGAAGGCCGAGAGCAGCCUAUCUUGCUUGACACUACCAGAGAGUUUCAUCCUGAGAGAAAGGGCAUGUACACUCAUUGGGAGCAGAAGAUCAAUGCCAGACCUGGAAACUUCGGCAGUCGCAUUGACUUUGUUCUGGCAAGCGGCUCUAUGCGCGAGUGGUUUGUUCAUGCCGACAUCCAAGAAGGUCUCAUGCUGGUCGAUAUGAUGAACCCUCCUGGUGUAUUCAACAACAGCAUUCGUCAGAAGGAUUGGAACAUCAAAGACCUGCCUCCUUUCAGUGCCAGACUCAUGCCAGAGUUCUACCAAAGAAGGAGCAUCAAGGACAUGUUCAAGAAACCCACCGCUCCUAGCACCUCAGCCAUCGCAGCUACUUCGUCAAACAGUCAGACAGCCACAACAUCGACUUCCCAGCCUUUGCAACCCGCCGAUGAGCCUCCUGUUACAAAUGGAUCUGCUUCCGUAGCAGCACCCUCCUCGAAGAUCGCUAUUUCCCCGUCUCCAGAGAGGAAACGCAAAGCAUCGGAAACAUCUACAUCUCAAACAACGAAGAAGCAGAAGCCCGCUCCCAUCUCCACGUCAAAGGCGGCUCCUACCAAAGGCCAAAAGAGUUUGAAGGGCUUCUUUCAAUUAAAGCCAAAGUCGGAAGAGCCGAUCAAGAGUGCAAACGGGAGUGGACCUGAUACGAGCGAGACCGUUGGUCCUGGAGAUGCAGAAGAGCGAGUAGGCGAUCUCUCCAUGUCCGAAGCAGCCUAUUCAACAUCCACGCCACAUUCGCUCAACACCAAAGAUUUGACAUCUCCUGCUAAUGCACAAGGUAGUCCAGUGGUUUCUGACACCCCCUCAAAGCUCGAAGCUCAACCUCUGCCUCCUCUUGAUGAUGAUGACGACGAGAUGGUAUACGACCCGAUAGUCAACAAGGAGUCCUGGCAGACCCUGUUUCGCAAGCCAGCAGCACCAUUGUGCGAAAGUCAUGAAGAGCCAUGUAAGAGCAUGCAGACCAAGAAGAAGGGAGAGAAUCAGGGGCGUAGCUUCUGGAUGUGUGCGAGACCGCUGGGACCGUCAGGCACAAAGGAGAAAGGCACACAAUGGCGAUGUCCGACAUUCAUAUGGUGCAGCGACUUCAAAGCAGGAGAGACAAGGUAA